AUGGAUCAAUCUCACUGGAUGAACCCCAAUUAUAUACCCAUCUUACCAGCUGAUCAAGCUGGAUAUGACACCAUACCGAGCACCGAGAUUGGAGCCGAAAACAACAUCGAUCCAUCAUAUUGCAACUCACUGCGUGGUCCUCCCGAGAAUGUUGACCAAAGUAGCACUGGAACACGCAGCUUGAACAACCUUGAUGACCCAUUAAUCUAUUUACCUCGAAAUACAAUGGAAGAGUACAACGCCUCGACAUGGUUUAACCCGAGCCUUUGGACGAACAUGUAUACUAGCGACACGUCAAAGUCGCUCUUCAACAGUGCUUAUGAUGAAUCAACCAUCCCCAACCGGCUCGCACUGCCAUACAACGCAUAUGAGACAAACAACCCCUCAAACGGGUGUUACUACAAAUUGCACGGGCAAACAUCAAACCAACCCGUCUCAACACACUACACUCCCGAUCCAUGCCACAAUACCUCAAGCACACCCUACAACAUCCCACCUCUUUACACUAAUCUACAUCGCUUGGUGACGGAAUUCUACUUACCAGAUGACAGCGCCAAAAUAGAAGACAGUCCCCCUUCACCCGUUCCCAACGAAGCAGCAACAACAACAAUCGGCUCCGUCCUGUCCAACGGCAAAUUCACAUGCAACAACUCCAAAUGCAGCGACCUUAGUUUCGCGCGCCAGGCCGAACUGCGCCGCCACCACGCCACGCUCCACGCUCCGCACAAGCCGGAGUUCUGGUGCCAGGUGCCGGCCUGCCCACGUAGCAUGGAAGCUGGGAACCGUCCAUUCCAUCGAAAGGACAAGCUGGCGGCGCAUACUCGGAGCAUGCAUUCAGGUGCGUGA